AUGCCCAACCGCGUCGUGGUUCGCGCACUGGGAGCCUGGAUGCAAAGCACGGCAGCCCACGUUGUGCUCAAUCGCGUAAUUGACCUCAUCUCGAACUUCUAUCCGCAGGCCCGUGCCAUUGCGUUUUUAGUGCCGAUUGCCGCUAGCGUGGCUGGAUUCGUAGGUGAUACAAUCACCUCAUUGAUGGGGAAUGAGGAAGAAGAGGUGCAGGUGGGGGUCAUGGAAGGGGGCGAAAAUCACAAUGAGACCAGCGAAGACAAUUGCCAGGACCAUGGGAACUGCUAA